CUAAAGUAAUAUGUAAUCUGUGACUUGUGAGUGGAUUCCCGAUUCAGGGAUUUCUAAUUUCUUUUUAUUAACUCUUGUCUCUUAGUAUGUAAUGAAUCCAUGCUUUAUUAAUAGUGAUACAAUUUUUUUAAGAAUAGAGAUGUUUUGUUUCUGGAUUGUAGAUGGACAUAAAUAAAUUUAAUAUAUUUGUUGCUUAUAAGUUAAAAUAACAUUGGUAUAGAUUCGUUAAACAAUUCUGGGAAGUAUUAAGUCCUAUUAAAUUAUGACGGAUUGUGAAGAAGCGGUGAAACCAAAGAAAUUUCAAUGCGAGAUAGAAGGUUGUAGAGCUCAGUUCGACAGACCUAACAGGCUAUUAAAACAUCGACUAACACACUCAAAUAUUAAACCAUAUUCUUGUAUAGAAGACGGAUGUGGUAAAGCCUACACCAGCAAAAAUCACUUAGAAAGGCACAUAAAUACUGCUCACAGAUCUUACAAUGAUACUGAAAUGUACAGCUGUCCAACUUGCUUUAAACAAUAUAGCAAUCGCCAAAAUCUUAAAAGACACUAUAAAAUACAUCAUGUGGGUGGUGUGGAAAAGCUCUCAUGUGAAAUUUGUCAUAUUAGUUUUAAGCGUAACCACCAGCUAAGGACACAUAUGUAUAGACAUACAGGAGUAAAAGACUUUAGUUGUCCAAUGUGCCCAAAACAAUUUAUAAGUAUGACGGAGCAGAAAAAACACAUCAGAAAUCAUAAAGAAUUUACAUGUGAACAUUGUUAUCAAAAAUUUACACGGUGGCUUGAUUUGGUACAACAUAGGCAGACAAGUCAUCAAUCAGAAGAAUAUAUUUGUGAUCACUGUGGGAAAAUUUUUAAGCAAAGACAACACAUUAUUCGUCAUUUAAAGAUACAACAUUACACCAGAGAAGUGUCACUUUUCAUAUGUCCAUAUGAAAAUUGUUCCAGGAACUACUCAAGAAACAGUAAUUUGAAGCAGCACAUAUUAGUUAAACAUCAGGGUUUGACUUUUAACUGCCAUUUAUGUGAAGCAAAAUUAUCAACAAAGGCAAAAUUAAAAGAGCAUAUUAUGAGACACAGUCGUCCCACGCCUUAUAAACCCCCAAAGACAUUGUUAACAGGCCGAAAAAAGAGGAAAGAUGCCUACAUACCUAGAUCCAAUACAGCCCUCAAGUUAGCUGGACUGCCAUGUCCUAUUCUGGAGAAUCCAGCAUUACCAGAUGUAUAUGUAGAAAGAGAAGAAAAUGCCAGUGUUAAUCAACUAUUGAGUGUUGGAAUGUAAAAAGAAAUCACUGUUAGCUCAGAACAAAUACAAUAUACAUUGUUUUACCAACAAUUACAGCUUGUAAUACAAUUUACGUAGUUUAAGUCCAAGAGAGUACAACCAAGUUUAUUUUAAUUUGCUGCUGGUACAUAGUGAUUUUUAUGUACAAAUUAUAUGACAAAUAAACUA